AUGAGGACGCCUCCGCUUCCAUCGCCGGCCGAGGCUCCUUCGCCUGUCGCCGCGCAUCCUCACCAUCGUGGUCCUUCACAGCCAACCUCCUCCGGUCUCGCUAGCAGUUGCAAUGAUGGAUAUAAUGUGGAUGGGAAUAUGGCCUUGGAGGAUACUGGAAAAAAGGCUAACACUCAUCCUGCUCUGCCGCAUGAACAGAUUACGAAUUCGUGCCGUGUACCGCUGCCCAUCAAAGAGGAGAACCCAGAUUCGGGAAAAGGGUACCAGGAAGACCAGGGACGAAGUUUGCAGACUCUCAAAGAGUUACGGAGACAGAUGGAGGAAUUACUUGUCUACCAACAGAUGCAAAAGUCCCAGAACGAAAACGCAUCCACCGGUCGAGAAGGGUUUCCAUCGCGAACCGAUCCUGUGUCAUCCAACGCCCAAGAACCCCCGAGAAAACGACGAUUAUCCAAUGUCUCACCUCCGAAGAUCGCACCCUUAUCAACAGGAGCAAUUCCCUCUGCCCCGUAUUCCGACUCUCCCGGCUCAGGUGGCACGAUUAGAGCCGUGGAUUCAAACACCACGCCCGAGAACCCCCCCGGACAAACGCCAUCGUACCCUUUCCCCAAAAUGCAGCAGCCCCAGCCGACCGCAAGAUCAGGCCAGGACUCUGUGUUCAACAACAAUGGUCACUUUAAGCUGACGCUUCCGACCGAGAAAUUAAAAAUCCAUGGGACCCCACCGCAGGCCUCGGAUGAACGGCAGACCGUCCCGCUCAAAACCCCAACAUCUCACAGUGUUUUCAUGCCGCCACAGCACAAACCUGUUACAGAAGACCCUUUCUAUCCUAGCCCGAAUUUGUAUGACUUAACGUUGCAACUAAAUGCGGAACCUGGGUUGGAUGGAUGGUGGUCUAACGUGGUUACUAUUCUACAAACGUAUUAUGGAGCGGAGAGAGCAUCACUUGCCAUUCCGGGCGAUGCGACGGAUCUCGAGAAUGUGCCGUGGGGUCAAAAAGCAAUUUUCAACCAAAACGUUAGCAGCGAGUCCGACAGUCUACGUCUUCAAGAUCUACACAAUGAUGCGGCCAUCUGCAAUAAAUCACGGAAAGACGGCGGUGAUUCGGAAAAGAAGACCAAUGAUGCGGUUACGGGAAACAUCGCGAAAGGGCAAGGGCCUGUUCCAUCUCCCAUGAAACGUCCCCCGUUAUUGGCACGGCAUUCUUUUGCGGGAUUUGGUAAGGAUAGGAAACACCCGGGGGUACAGGAUUCGGAUCGAUCGCAACAUGUUUCGAAGAUGAAACCCACUUCAAAAUCAGAGACAAAUAAUGUGGAGGGCAUUUCGAACGAGGAAACAGGAUCGCGGGCCGUAUCUGCCAGAAAUCAGGAAGAAUCGCAGUCCUACGAUUCCUUGGGCGCAUCGCCGUACAAUUUUCGACAAGCUGUCUUCCCCAUACCCAGGCCUUUGGAGGUUGAAAAGGACCCUCUUAUCAAGCGGACAGGCGUCGUGAAGUUGUUUGGGCGAACGAAACCUGUUGUUUUGACCCGAGAAUAUGCUCACGAUGAAGGGGAGACUUCGCUGCCCCACGGCGAGGAACUGGAAGAUGACAAGGUUCAGAUUACACCGACUGCUGAGCCACUUCACCAACAAUCACGCUCUGUCCGCUCCGCGCGCGAUCGUUCCGCAUCAAAUCUUAGUGCAACUGGGCUUCAACAUUCGUCAAUCGAGUUCUACGAUGAAUAUGAGCAAGUUCCACCGUCCCCUUGGUCCCAAUCUCCCGCUCCAUCGCCAGCGCCUCGAGCGCAUGCAGAACAAAACCCAUUUUUUACUAGUCAUGCUGUAGAUGAGGAGGCUUUUGCUAAACACCCACCUCCGCAUGAUUAUUCCAACUUGGAGCCCUUAGCAGCAAUUGGUGUCGAUUUAGCCAAGUCUGUGGUUCAUAUUCCUCUUCUGCAUGCAGGGCGUUCUAAACAACUUUCUUCAUCCACUCUGAGAUUUCCCGUCGCUGUCAUAUCGAUAUUAUCGCCAGUAAUACCUUAUCCUUCCAAUUUAAGGCAGUCGCUAGCCUACCUCAUGCCUCACCUUACUACUUCAUUUUGCCUGGCUCAACAAUACAGCCAACUUGAGCGGCAAUUCGCUUCCCGCCUCGAAACACCACGCUAUGGACAUCUUCUCGGCCUUGGCGGAACAUUUUCUGAUGAGAGCAGUGAAUUGGAGCUUGUCGCUGGCCUCAGUGGGCAUGUUAGUUAUACAUUAGCUGAGGACGGCUCUCUAUCCGCCCGUGCCAGCCUCUCUAGCCCCGAUGAAAAGUCAAAUUCCACAAAACUCAGUCCUGCUAUAUCGGGGUUUGGCACACCCGGGUUUGAUUUGAAUAAUAUUGGAGCUGGGAAUACAAAGGAUUCCGGCGAAUCUCCCAAUUUAACUACCAAAGCUAACAGCGACGCUGUGGACAGUUACUUCAAUGUCCAGCAGUCGAGAGGUUUUCGCGAGGCCAUUGCCCAACAUCGCAACAGGCUGUCUAAAGUGAAGCAAAACGCCGCGUCCUCGACACCUACGUCUCCCGGAAAGCCAUGGGGCAAACAAUCUGGAGAUGAAGAAACGGUUCCUCAAGACCCUAAUCUCGCGGUUGCAUCUCCCCUACAGGAACUCAGAGCUCCUCCAGUCAUAUCACCAACUCAAAACCCUUCCCGCCAUCCCUCAACGAACUCCUUCUACGCCCAUCUACAACGGGAGCUGCCCCGCCCGUUCUCUGAUACCGUGGCUCAGCUAAUGCUGAACUCGGUACCUCUGCACCUGUUUCUCGCCAAACCCCAAAGUGGAGAAGUGAUUUGGACGAAUGCCAAAUUCGAUGCCUUUAGGAGGAGUCAGCCCCAAGAGCAAAAAUUGAGAGAUCCGUGGCAGAACAUUCACAACAGUGAACGUGAGCACGUCUCCCAAGAGUGGGAAAAUGCGCUACGGACUGGAUCACAGUUCACGGAACGGGUACGGGUCAAGCGAUUCAAUGAUGAAUCAGCAUAUCGCUGGUUCAUUUUUCGGGCAAAUCCUCUGCUUUCUGCUACAGGAGAGGUUUUAUAUUGGAUUGGUUCUUUCCUUGAUAUACAUGAGCAGCAUAUUGCAGAACUGAAAGCUACGCAAGAGAGGGAGAAAUUCGCAAUAGAUGCUAAAUACCGAGCGUUUUCCAAUUCGAUUCCGCAGGUAGUGUUCGAGGCAGCCGAAUACCGUGGCCUUAUCUUUGCGAACGAACAAUGGCAUUUGUAUACCGGCCAGAAGCUUGAAGAAGCGUUGAACUUUGGGUUCGCGAAACAUGUUCAUCCCGAUGACCUAGAGAAGUGCGGCGUGCUAUCUCUCCAGCUUCUCGAGUCCCUUAACGGAUUGAUUACGAGCGAAUCGCAUGAGUCAUUAACCGAAUCUGCAAAGGCAAAGGCAGCUUCUCCCGAGCGACAUUUCAGUCAUGGCGUCAAACCUGCGUUGGACGAGCUUGUAAGGCGCGGGGUGGCAUCGGUACAAAAGGAUGAAAAUGGACGUGCUUUCUAUUCGACUGAAAUUCGCCUUCGGUCUAAAGGAGGUGAUUUCCGUUGGCAUCUUGUCCGCUUGGUUAGGGUUGAGACCAGCAGUUUUGGCAGUGGUGAAGCUUCAUGGUACGGUACCUGCACUGACAUUAACGACCGAAAAAAUCUGGAAAGGGAGCUCAACAAGGCGAUGCAACAACUCAACAACCAAAUGGAGUCGAAGACGAAAUUUUUCAGCAACAUGUCCCAUGAAAUAAGAACGCCGUUGAACGGAAUUCUUGGGACAAUCCCAUUCAUUCUCGAUACACAGCUUGAUACCGAUCAGAGAAGGAUGCUCGACACGAUUCAGAAUAGUUCGACCAAUCUACGUGAACUGGUUGACAACAUCCUGGAUGUAUCCAGGGUUGAGGCCGGCAAGAUGUCAAUGGUCAACUCGUGGUUCCAUGUCCGGUCAGUGGUCGAAGAUGUGAUAGACACUGUUGCAUCUAGGGCGAUCGAUAAAGGUCUCGAAAUCAAUUAUCUCAUGGACGUGGACGUACCUGCAAUGGUGAUUGGGGACAGGUUUCGGAUUCGACAAGUGCUCAUCAACCUUGUCGGCAAUGCGGUCAAGUUUACCACGCAAGGUGAAAUUCACAUAUGCUGCUCUCUUCACAACAACCCCUCGGCUGUUUCUAAGGAAACGGAGCUCUUAUUGAAUUUCGACGUUGUCGAUACUGGGAAGGGUUUCAGUGCUAGGGAUGCUGAACGUCUGAUGCAGAGAUUUAGCCAAUUAGGGCAAAAUGGCUCCCAGCAGCAUGCUGGUAGUGGGCUUGGGUUGUUCUUGUCGAAGCAGCUGGUCGAAAUGCAUGGUGGGAGAUUGACCCCCAGCAGCAAAGAGGGUCAAGGAGCCAAGUUUUCGUUCUACGUCAAGGUGGAUGCCCCUCCCCCUCCAGCACCGACUCCGGAUGAACCUCGACUUGUUCGGCAGUCCUCAAACAUUUCCGAAGCGCUUGGAGUUCAGUCCAAGCCCAAUUCUCUACACAAAAUGCUCUUCUCAUCCAGGGACUCCAUUGAUUCCAAAGGCCAUGAGGCGUCUGAUCUUUCAUCUGCCCUCGAAUCUUCAAUUUCUCAACCAUCUCCCAAUGACUCUCCAGUACGCUUUAACACCAACUUUUCCGAGCGUUCUUCAUUCUCCUCCGCAUUACCGACCCCCGAGAUUCACUCCGUCGAUCCUCUCGCCAAAAUGGACCUCGCAAAACCUGCUCCUAGCCAGUCUGAUGAGCGACUUAGUCCAGCGACGCCUUCGAAUAACGGUCCAAUUGCUCGACCUAGCUCAUCUGGCUCGCAAGACUCGCUAGCGCCGACCAAGAAUCCAGGGCCCGAUCCAUCGCAUCCACAAAGUUCAUACUCGAUACUGAUUUUAUGUCCACUUGACAACACUCGCAUGGCCAUAAAGCAGCAUAUCGAGCAGGUGGUUCCCCAUGAGGUCCCAUUCGAGACCAAAUCCCUGCCGGAUGUCGAGGAUUGGAGAGACUCGGUGAAUGCCAGUUCUGGGUCGAGCAUCACACACUUGGUUCUGAACUUGCCCGGCGUCGAUGAUGUUUUGGAUGUCGUUCAGUAUGUUGCGGAGUGCGAGCUUAGCGCUGCUCCUACUCUUGUCAUCAUUUCGGAUCUUUACCAGAAACGACAAAUCAAUGCAAAGAUCAAGGAAUUGUCUUCGAGCGGAAAGCGUGUGUAUAUGGUACCGAAGCCGGUUAAGCCUUCUGCAUUCUCGGCCAUAUUCGACCCUGAUAACCGACGUGACUUGAGCAAGGACCGCAACCAGGAUAUGGCAAGGGAGAUCAACAACAACUUCAAGACAAUGUCCAAAAUGGUGAAGGAGGUCAUUGGUAAUAAAGGCUACCGGGUAUUACUUGUUGAGGAUGAUGAAACAAAUCGCAUGGUUAUGUUGAAAUACUUGGACAAGAUCAAGAUUAUGGCUGAAACCGCAGCCAAUGGCCAAGAAUGCACGGAAUUAGUCUUCUCCAAGGAACCGGGAUAUUACUCUCUCAUCAUAUGCGAUAUCCAAAUGCCCGUGAAGAAUGGAUAUGAGACCUGUCGCGACAUUCGUGGAUGGGAGCUUAAGAACCAUUACCCUCAAAUCCCGAUCAUGGCUUUAUCCGCCAAUGCAAUGACAGAUCAGAUUGAAGACGCCGCGCGCGCUGGCUUCAACGACUACGUCACCAAACCCAUCAAACACAAUGAACUCGGCAAGAUGAUGAUGGGACUACUGGAUCCCAACCGGCCUCUUCUUCUACUUCGAGACCGCCUAAAACCUCACAACGACGACAGCCAACGUGACGAAUGA